CUCCCCCACCCUCUUUCAGUUAUUCUCUCCUCUUCCUACCCCAAGUCCUCUCUCUCUCUCUCUAUCCAUAUUUGUUUUAUAAAGAAAGUCUAAAAGCUUCAUCUCAUCAGAAGAGCAGCCAGCAAUUCCUCACCUCACCUAAAAGGAAAGAUCCAGAGAGAGAGUGAAGAUUCAGAAGUGCAGCAAUGGCGGGGUUGCAGAGAUCUGCAGUGUCUUUCAGGAGGCAGGGCUCCUCAGGCCUUGUGUGGGAGGACAGGUUCCUCUCGGGGGAGCUCAACCAAGUGAACAACGAUGCCGGCGAUGAGGCCAACAAGCCGAAAGAUCCCGACGGCAGGCAAGAACCAUCCUGCGAUCCCGAGAAGCUGUCGAGGACCGCCCGCAGUCCUCCUCCCCCUAUCGAGAUGGCCGCUAUGGAGAGGAACCGGUCCACCGGGGGAGGACGGUACAGGAUAGGGCGGGUCUCCCCUGCCAUCGAGCCGCCGUCCCCGAAGGUAUCGGCUUGCGGGUUCUGCGGGGCUUUCGGUAAGCAGUCGGAUCACGCUAGGAAGAAGGCAAAGCGCGGUAUCAAGCACAGAUCAAGGUAAUUUAAACGGAUAGGUCGGGCCGGCCGGACGGGGAAAGAACAUGGAAAAGGAGGGAUUUCUGAAUUGGGAGGAGGAGGAGGAGGAGGAGAGUUUCUCAUCUGUUACCUCUUCCCCUUGGCUCUGUCUAAGUGCAAAAGUUUCCAUUUUUAAGUCAGACUUCUUCCAUUUUUCAGAAUCUCAGGACUCAGAUUGAGAAGGGUAGGGAGUGGUUUUUGUUGGGUCUUCUUUUUUCCCCCUUUUUUUUUCCCUUAAUUUUUGAUGUUGUUUAUACUGUCUGCUUGGAUUAUGCUAGCAAAAUACCCAAAUCUUGUACAAAGUCUUCUACUUCAAUUUCCAAUCUUGAUUUUGCCCAUCUCAUCUCACUUCGUGGGGAAUCUUUGAUUCGGCACCUUUGAUGAAUUUUUGGUGAGUUGCAGUUGCAGUUGCA